UGUAAGACUGUAUGCACACGAAAUGUUGCCGUGUCGUCUUGGGCUCUCUCGUUUGUUGCAAUAAUAAUUGCAAAAAAUUUCCAUUUUUGAUUUCCUUUCUACCUCUCCACUCCAGCGGGUGGUAGUCUCCGAGUCUCUCGCUCUCUCUCUCUCAAGUCAAAGCUUCAAGUUGUUAAUCUCACCCCGACGUCGUAUCGGCCAUGUCUUACGACUACCUCUUCAAGUACAUCAUCAUCGGCGACACAGGUGUAGGGAAAUCAUGCCUGCUCUUGCAAUUCACGGACAAGAGGUUUCAGCCCGUGCAUGAUCUCACCAUUGGUGUGGAGUUCGGAGCUCGCAUGGUCACCAUCGACGGCCGUCCCAUCAAGCUCCAGAUUUGGGACACCGCUGGCCAAGAAUCUUUCCGGUCCAUAACCAGAUCUUACUACAGAGGAGCAGCUGGAGCACUUCUGGUAUAUGACAUAACCAGGAGAGAGACAUUUAAUCAUCUAGCAAGCUGGCUAGAGGAUGCUCGGCAGCAUGCAAAUCCCAACAUGACAAUCAUGCUCAUAGGGAACAAGAGCGAUCUUUCUCAUCGGAGGGCUGUUAGCAAAGAGGAAGGGGAACAAUUUGCAAAGGAAAAUGGGCUUUUAUUCUUGGAGGCAUCUGCAAGAACAGCUCAAAAUGUUGAAGAGGCUUUCAUAAAGACUGCUGCAAAAAUUCUUCAGAAUAUUCAGGAAGGUGUAUUCGAUGUAUCCAAUGAGUCAUCUGGCAUCAAGGUUGGGUAUGGCCGCCCCCAAGGUCCAUCAGGGGCAAGAGAUGGAACAAUCACUCAGACGGGGGGAUGUUGCAGUUAACUGGUCACUUAUACAGGUAGAUGUUGCGGCUAACUGAACCCGAAUCCAGCUCCUGUACUUGACCCCUCUGCAAUUAAUUUAUUAUUUAAUUUCAUCCCCAUAAACACACUUCUUCAACUAGCAUGUGACUUGUGUAGAAUACUAAGAAGAUGUAUAGAAUUGAUUUCAACUCUUCUUGGGACAAACUUGGUAGUUCUGUUAGGAAAUCAACUCUUUACAAGUGCUCGAAGAAAGCUUUUUCAGUAACUAGAUGAACCAAGACGAAAUUGGUUAUGCUAUGGGGGUAUUUACCUUUCUUUUGUGAAUUUUUGGAAAAUAAGUCCCCUUUUUUGUUCUA